GCAAUCAGAAUUUUCAAACCAGACACACAAUCAGAACGAAAGUGAAUGUUUCAAGUUAAAUUUUCAUCUUUUCCAGUUUAAAAGAAAGAGAGAAUGGCAUUCGACCGACGUUUAUUCAACGUGGUCCUUCUGGGCCUAGCUUUCAUGUUGGUUUUUACGGCUUUUCAGACCAUGGGCAACAUACAAAAAACCAUCAUUGAGAGUAUAAAGAACGACAAUUUAAAAAAGAACGAUACAAGUUUUGAUGGUGAUGGUUACGUUAGUCUUUCAAUUAUUUACGCUGUGAUGUCUAUACUAAACUGGGCAGCUCCUUCUGUGAUAACUGUGAUAGGUCCAAACUUUGCCAUGUUAUUCGGAGGAAUCACUUAUGUACUCUUCAUUAUGUCAUUCCUUAUUCCACGAACAUGGCUGCUGUAUUUCGCCAGUGUUGUUAUCGGAGCUGGAGCUGCAGUUAUUUGGACUGGACAAGGCAACUACCUCACAUUAAAUUCCACACAGGCAACGGUUUCAAGAAAUUCCGGCAUUUUCUGGGCAAUGCUACAACUAAGCAUGUUUAUCGGAAAUCUCUUCGUCUAUUUUAAAUUCAAAGGUCUGGAUUCAAUCGAUGAAGACACUAGAAAUGUAGUUAUUUGGACUUUGAGUGGGAUAGGUAUUGCUGGACUUGUCGUUAUGGUUUUACUUCCUAGACCGAAAAAAACCUCCCAAAUUGAUAUUCCGGAAGAAGUCCAGCAAACACCCAUCGAAGCGUUAAAAGGCGCAGUCAAGUUGUUCUUCACCAAUGAUAUGCUCCUUCUUUCCAUCACAUUCUUGUACACAGGUCUCGAACUGGGUUUCUUUAGCGGAGUCUACAGCUCAUGUAUCGGCUUCACCAAAAAUUUCUCCAACCCCAAAGAACUAGUUGGCCUUUCUGGCAUUUUCAUUGGUCUUGGUGAAGUCCUAGGUGGGGCUGCUUUUGGUAUUUUGGGUUCCAAGACCAUCAAAUGGGGUCGUGAUCCAAUCGUUAUCGCUGGAUUUAUUGUACACGUUAUCAGCUUUUUCCUCAUUUUCCUCAACUUGCCCAACAAUUCUCCCUUCAACGACACUAAUGAUGGGGCUAUUAUUACAAGUAAUGCCGAAUUGGCCAUCUUCUGUUCGUUCCUUCUUGGUUUUGGAGAUUCGUGCUUCAACACGCAAAUUUAUUCAAUUUUGGGAGGAGUUUAUUCAAAUAAUAGCGCCUCAGCGUUUGCUAUCUUCAAAUUCACACAAUCUGUAGCAGCUGCAAUUUGUUUCGGAUAUUCUACCGCACUUAAUUUGUACGGUCAGUUGGGGAUUCUCCUCGUUUUGGCGAUUUGUGGCACCGCUAGUUUUGUUAUAGUUGAGUGGAAGGUAAAGAAGGAAGCGCUUGCGAAAAGUGUUCACGAUAAUGCGAGCAGUGAAGGGAGCGAAAAAGCUGCCUUUUAAGUAUUUAUUUAUCUUUAUUCAUACGUAAAAUUUCUCCGUUCGUUACAAGUAUUGCUUCUGAGAAGCUUUUACGUAGUACAAAUGGUAACAAACAAAGUUUCCUUUAAUAAUCUGUGAUGAAACAAAGUGAGACUGAGGAAUCAAUUGUAUUUUGUUGCCAUUUCUUUAAAUUAUAAUAUAUUGAUUGUUAAUAACUCCUGUAAAUAUUAUUAUGUACAUUUUAGUGUGUCACAGAGGUUUAUUAUGUAAAUAUAUUUUUAUCAAAUCUGUGAUAACAAUCAGGUUUUGGCAAUUUUAACGUAAGAGAUUUUGAAACAAAGGAACAAAUCGUUGUUGGCUUUAAAUUUACAAUAAAAAUUAUUCAAUAUUGGUGCAUCUUUA